AAUACUGGUUGGGUGAAUUGUAAAAAGUGAUACAUUAUUAGACUUAAGCCGAAUUCGAAUUUGAAUAGCAUAUUUGAAAUUAUUUGAAAUUUUUCUCAGCAUUUGUAAGAAAAAAUAAGUUUCUCAGAGUUAAAGCUUGACUACGAACAACAUGUUGUUAGCCUUAAAAAUCGUAAUCAUUACAAUAAACUAUGCCAAAUCUUGCCUUCAAGAAGGAUUCCGCUAGGAUUGAAAUGUUGGGUCCUCUAACUUUUAAAAUCUUUGUGCACUUCAGCUCAGUCCAGUCUGAUAGACACCACCUUAUCUAUUUCUUACUUCUGAGUGAUAAUUGCCAGAGGAAACUAAUCCUGGCCUCGGUUUGAAAGCUGGUUCCCCUCAAUUAUGGUUCAGGACGCACGGUAAUAGCUGCAUCGGGUCUCGCUUCCACUCGCAUGCAGAGAAAGCCAUCUGGGGGUAACUAAUUAGUUCAAAGGGGCUCUACUCAUGAAUUGAUGGAGGGUAAUCGAUGACUCCAAACGAUCAUCAUCUACCGGUGUGCUGGCAAGUCUAACUAGAUGCAGACAUCCCACGGGUAUCGUAUGUCACGGUGAAAUGUAAUAACUGCUCUGCUUGUUUUACUGAGAGAAGUGAAUCAGCAACAAUUAUAUCAAAUCAUCUCACGUGUUUUAUAUUUGUCAUCCCCACACAGCAACACUUCUUUUAGAAGCUCACUCAGUGUAAUCAUCAGACGACUAAAAAAAAAACAUUUUUCCCUAGUUUCAACCAGGUAUGAUUCUGUAACGACGAAAUCCAUCAGUUGUAAGUAUAGGGAUAAUGUUGAAUGCGCUAGAUAAUUUUAAAUAGCUCGAUGAAGUUUGUUAAUACUACUGGGAAACUUUGACCUUAUUAAUUUUCUCCAUAACAGAGAUGCCGACAUUCGGUGAUUCAAAGACCUACGAACAAUAACCCGUAGCUCUAUAGAUUAAAGCAGCUAUAGGCGGUAGCAGAACACUCAUCAGAAUGAUAAAUCAAUGAUGAAGAUCUGAAUAUGGAUUUUGUCGUAGACUAAUAUUAUUGAUUGUUAGAAGUGGUGGUAUAUCCGGUUGACUCACGAAAAUGGAACAUCUAUUAAAGGUGGUAAUUCGAUGUCUAAGCCCAUUUGAUGCGACGAGCAGUAACAACGAACGUAAGUUGUAACAGUCGAGACACAUGUUUACUGUGAGUGAGAGGGAAAGCGUCGCUGAUCUGUCCACCCAAAAAAGACCUUAAACUAGCGGUGGAUCCUUUAGCUCUCUGCAGUUUGAUGCUAAGGGUUCUUGUUUCUCUUGUUUUACCAUUCAUCUCUCGAUAAAAUCCCUGGCAUCAUGGGUGAAAAUAUCACCAAGGACGGAGCUCCAUCACCGACGACAUUACCAACGAUUCCCGUUCUCUACCUCAGGGAGCAACCUCUCCGAUACGUCGCCCCAAGUGUCAUGGCUUUGACUCUGGUCGUUGGAGUCUUCGGAAACGCAAGCCUUCUGUAUGUCAAUUUGCGGGCUCUGAGGGGAGGUAAAUCCCAGGCCGUGUUGGAUGUCUUCCUUGCCAGCCUGGCUGCUGUAGAUUUACUCCUUCUUAUCACAACAGGUCCCUUCUUCGCCGCUGAGUUUGUCCUGGAGGACUGGCCGUUCGGCAGUCCGGCUUGUAGGUUCCUGCUCCCCUUCAAUCACAUGACUGAGACGGUUGGUGCUUGUACAGUGGGCGUCUUGGCACUGGACGAGUGCCUUGUAAUCGCACUGCCCAAUUCGUACGCCCCGCGACGAGACCUCGGAAAAUCUGUCGUUGCCAACCUUAUGAUCUGGCUAAGUGCUGUCAUUCUCACGAUUCCGGUAUCCGUUAACACCAAGAGCACACAGACGUUAUACCACUCAUCCUUCUGCACAGUGAGUAUGCCUGGCCCUACACUCGUUAUCCAACUGUACACCUUCAUUGUUAGUUUUUGCGUCCCGGUGGUGUUUACCUUAGGAUGCCUCCUCUGGAUUUUGUACAAGUCCAAUGGUAACUUCUGGAGACCCGCCAAGGAUGAAAGCCAGCCACGCAGCAAGCAGACGCGAACCACUGUACUACUGAUCGCGUCUCUCAUCUGUGCCCAGGCCCUGCUCUGGCUCCCCCAUCAUGUCAUCUCGUUUCUCCAGCCAGGGAUCCACAGCGAGGCGACGACUCGCGGUGAUUUCCUGUCCCAUACCACUGUGGCCUGUUACGCCUACGCGUACUCUGCAGUAAAACCUUUGCUGUACGUCUUCCUCAGUGGAGACAUCCGCGAUCGCUUCGUUGAAGCCAUCCCCUUUGGGAAAGGAAGCGACGUCCGAGGGAUCGGUCGUGGGCGACGCUUGCCAACCUCACCCAAUCGGUACUUGAGUGAGAGAGGCUCCAAAGCUGGCAAGGGGCCGUCAGUGACAACCUCUAUGCACACUGUCCAUGGGUAUCCUUACAUCGUCGAGGUGGAUGGAGAGGAUAGGAUUGUGAUGAAUGGUCUAGACAGGAGAUGGAGUUUAUAAGCCUUUGCUUUGGACUAUUGCAA